AUAUUUAAAAACAAAACGGUUGUGGGCGCGAAUUUAUACGAACUUAUUUGUUUAUCUCAAAAAGUAGUGAAACUGAGUGGAAAACACCGAAAAUAGUUUUAAAUUUAAUGAUAACUCACUAUAAAUAAGUCCAUUAAGUUACAAUAUCAGUAAAAUGCCUCCAACAGACGCUGAAGUGUUGCAGCCAGUGGCGGGGGCUAAACCGAAUCCUCGAAACAAUCCUAUAAUGUUCAAAAUAUUCCAAAACGUUCAAUACAACGUGGUUCAACACAAGAAAUAUGUUAAGGAAAUGAUUAAGUUGUAUAAAAAGCUGGACGAGGACAGUUUCCGGGAGAGCUUCAAGAACGCAAUAAUGUACUUGUUCACAUUCGGAGACACAAGUGCCAAUGUGGACAGAGUGGUACAGUUUGUGGCUACGUUCUGCACAUCCCUGGAUGAUGAGGAGGAGUUCUUGCUGUUCAUAUUUGAUGUUAUCUUUGACUGUCAAUGUGUUUCCGGCCAGUCAGUGAGGUACCGCGCCAGUCAGCUGCUGGCGGCUGUUCUGUCUGCUCUCGGUGAUGAUGCCUCACUUGAUGAUGAUCUUUGUGACAAGUUGCUCGCCUCACAGAUGCAAAGACUACAAGACACGCGAGGAGCAGUACGUUGUCGCGCAGCCCUCGCGCUGCAAAGACUGCAGAACCCCAUGGAGCAAGAUGAUGAAGUCACCAGAGCUUACCGGUUCCACAUGAGCUGUGAUCCUAGCUCUUCUGUUAGAAGAGCCAUAGUGAUGUCAAUAGCGAAGUGCAGCCGCAACGUGCCCUUCGUGUUAGAGCGGCUGUGUGACGUGGACGAGGCAGUGCGCCGCGCCGCCUUCUUAUACAUCGCCGCUAUCAAUGUAACACAGCUCAGAGUUAGGCAGAGAGUGUUAACAUUGAAGGUGGGUUUAACGGAACGUUCAGUGCGCGUCCGUCGCGUGGUGGAAGAAAUCCUCAUACCAGGUUGGCUGAGCACAUUCCAAGGCAACAUUGUGGACCUGCUCAAAGCUAUCAGACUGGAUAACGCUCAUGAUGCCAAGGACUCGCAGUAUGUGGCUGGGAAACUACUUGAGUCGCUGUUCAAACGUCUCCCAAUAUCGGAACUCCUAGAAUGGCUGCCCACAGACAAGACACUCCGCCUGAUCCCCGCCGAGAAGCUCAACAAGGAGACCGCGUGGUACUGGCGCCAUCUAGCGGAACAUUUGCAGAAGAUUGACGAUGAUGAAACAUUGGAAACUAUACUGCCGGAUCUGGUGAUACUAAUUGGAUAUAUUAGAGCUAUCGUAGAAUCCCCCUGUCCAUCCGAAACUGAGGAUCCAGUCGGGUUCAGUACGCGUCAGUACGUUCUACACGAGCUGGGAACUAUGUUACGAGUGUAUGACGUGACGGACCCCGCCGGGAGAAGCGCGUUGCAGUCGCUUAUCACUGAUGUGCUUACUGGUGACUACGGAGUUCUAAAUGCCGACGUGAUCCGCGCAUUCGUGUGGGCUCUAGAACUAGUGGUGCCGGAGCUGACAGGUCGGAUGGAGGUCAUAAGUAGCGUCAUAUCGUCACUCCGCGACCCGCCCGAGCCCGAGCAGCCGUCCCCGCCGCCGCCGCCGCCUGUCGACUGCACCGAGGCUAAGUUACAGAGAGCGCGACUGCGUGUAUCACUGAACGUCGCUAUUGAAGCUCAAGAGGAAGCCGUCAGAGACCAGAACUACUCGCUAGCGGCCGAAUGCAAAGCUAAGGUGGCUGAUAUUCAAAAGAAGCUAGAUGAGUUAUCCAUUCAGCCAGCGGCGCCACCUCCGGCACCUGUACCAACGAUAAAAGAGAAGCUGUCUGACACGGCGACGCUGAACAAGUGUCUGACGAUACUGAACAGCGCUCUGGACACGCCGCAGCUCAACACUGUCACUCCCAUCAUGCAGAUGAUAUUCAACGAGCUGGAGGUGGAUAUCUUCCAAAAUCCGGAAAUAAUCGAGACAGCCCUAGAAACGGUUGCUCUGUAUGGAAUGCUGGACAAGGAGUUUGCCAAAGAAAACAAGGCCUUCUUCUUUGCUAAUCUUAUCGACACAUCAAACGAACGCACAGUAUCGACCGUUCUCCGCUGCAUAGUGGACUUGCUCUGCGUCCACGGCGCGAGGCUGUUCGAAGACGAGACCAACCAGGAAGAUACAACUGUUAAUACCGUUAAUACUACUAAAAAACGCAGCACUUAUCAUAGUGUUAUGGAUGAUGAUGGUAGCAUUUCAGAAUCAGUCAUAUCGAUGUCGCCAGCACACAGCACAGUCAUCGAGCUGCUCUUAAAGAUUAUGGAUAGCACUUGUGCAGCAUACAGACUGAUCAUAGUAGAAGGUCUGUGCCGUCUACUGCAACUAGGUCACCUGGAGUCUCCCGCUAUUCUCAGCAGGUUACUGCUUCUCUGGUUCAACCCAGCCACAGUGGAUGAAGAUAUGCUGAGGCAGUGUAUUGGCGUGUUCUUCGAAACGUUUCCGACGACUGUGGAUGGUGCUCAGGAACAGAUUCAGAAAGCAACCCUGCCUACUCUUCGCACUCUUGCCAACGCGCCGUCCAGUUCGCCGCUGGCUGAGAUCGAUCAGGAGGCAGUCGUCAGAUUCAUCGUGUCUCUCACCAGGGUUAACCAUGAAGUGGCAGACAGCCAAGGUGGCAUGGCGACCGUGUUAUGCCAGUACAUAGUGCGGCGGCCCAGUGCUCCCGAGGUGGGGCUCGCGUGUCGCGUGCUGGCGCUGCUGUCGCCGCCCAGAGACGCGCGCCUCGCCGCUGAGCUGGCGCACAUGCUACGGGACCUGUGUCUCAAACUGCCAGACAAACAAUCUUGUCGUAACCUCACGCGCUAUCUAGGUGCGUUAGAAGCUGCCGAGCGAACCAGUCUCAACAAGAUGUCUCAAACAGGUAUUACUGAAGGCGUAACUAUGCAAGAAGACUCACUAGCCGUUCCGAUGGGAAGAGUUACUACAUCACUACCUCAACCGAUAGCACGGAGCACGCACGUGGUCGUCAAUGAGACCGUAGAGGAAGAGGUGGAAAUUGACGAGACUUCACCCCCCGACGCCGGGAUAUCUAGGAUCUCUGAAGCCCCACCGCAAGCAGAAAGCAGUCGUGCCGUGAGAGAAUCUUCAGAGACUGACACGGCGACUGCCGAACCUGCCAACGUUCACUCAGACUCCAGCAGUGAUGUAUCUCCGGUCAAGAAAGCCAAGAUUACUAAAGGCAAAAAGAAAAAGUUAUCAAUAACGCGACAAGCCAGCGGGUCAGACUCAAGCAAGCCCGCCAAGGAGAAGGCGACGAGAGGUAAUAAGAAAGAAACUAAGGAAGAACACGAGAAAGGCGUCAAGAGGAGCCGGUCACAACGCUCCUUAGUCGAUGUUGAGAGAGCAAAAGCCAAAGCCGAAGAGAAAGCCAACAAAGCCAAGAGCAAAGCAUCACCAAAGAAGGUACCCUCACCUCAAGAGUCCUCCUCACCAGCUUCAGACCUGGACGUGUCUAAUAUCACGGUACGCAGGUCUACCACGAGAAGGGGACUACAGUCCGGGUCUGGUAGCGACUCUAAUGGCUCCGGGAAGGAGAAGGUUAAGAGUAAAGUGCAAGAGAAAAAGAAGCAGAAGGAAAAACCUGUGGUGGCCCAAUCUACCCGCACGACGCGUUCGUCAGCCGGGUCGCGACGCAGCAGCGCUGGCUCCUCGCGAUCAGCGUUCAACGAUUCAGACGACACCAUGCUACAUACUAUCGUUUAUGAACAGGAGUUUGUACAAUCAGUGCUGAACGACUCAAGCGAGCUGGCUGAAAGCAGACGAGAUUCCAAAGCCAAUGUCACUAUUCCCGAGACUCCUGACGCUAGUGAAGAAUCGGAACCCGAACCAGAAAUACCUAAAAAAGGCAAAGGGAAAGGCAAGAAGAAAUAGUACAUAACAUGAUUUUUU